AUGGUAAAAAACAACAAUUUAACACCCAUCGAGGCAAAUAAAAAACCGUUCGAAACCGUUCAAGAGUUAAAAAACAAAAAUGAAACCCCCUCCUUGGAGGAGUUUAUGGAAAGUUAUGAGAGUGAUGAUAAAGUAAGCGAUAGUUAUAAUGACGAAGUUGCUAGUUAUAGUGAUAUUGGAGUAAAUAAAAGUUAUGGGCCUACUACUUAUGGGCGUGUUCACACAUCACGAACUUCAGCGUGGUUUUCCUUAGAAAUUGGAUGUUAUAAUUGUGCGGGAAAUGAAUUACUCAAUGUAGAUUGCACAAUUGCUUAUCGAAUAAGGAGUAAAUGUGCGGAACUAAUUAAAGAUGCUAUUCAAAAGCAUGAACGUGGACAAAAGGUUGAAGGUUAUGUUAAGAGUAGAAGGGCAUUUUUUUUCGUAGCCCUUUUUUUCGUUGCAUUUUUGGUAAAAGUUUAUUUAAGAAGAGGUUAUUUAUUUUUGACUCCCAAAGAAAAAAAAGAAAGGGAAGAAUUACAAAAUGAAUUUAAAAGUUUCCAAGCAAGGGAGGAACAUAGAGAGCACCUAAAAAGAGGAAUAGAUUAUGAUUCGAAGUGUAGUAUAUGUAGUAAUACUUAA